UAUACAUAUGCCCCUUGCGAUAAAUUAUGUGCUCGAAAACUAUGAUGAAGUUUCUGAGCAAUUGUAUCAUGGAAUAUUUAAUCUAUCGCUGAUGAGACUCUCUUGGCUUAAUUGAUGGCAAUUAUUGGGGCCGGUGUAUGUGCUUGGGAACGAGAAACAUUAUUCAACUUGGACUUGCAGGCACCACGUUGAAUCCUCUCUUUCCCUUAUCUCCGGUUUGUUCUUACCCAGGGAAACAAUGGAUAUUAUAAGUGGAGUUGCCGGCAUCGUUGGCAGCAUCGUCGGCAUCAUCGGCAUCGUCUUUCAAUGCUGGGGUUGCACGUCAAUGUACCGGACGUACAUCGAAGAUCUUGAAGGCAACCUCAACACUCUGGAAGAGAGUAUGAAAGAACUCAGCGGUGUCAUGGAAGAAGUGAGGACACAAGUCGUGAGGGAAGAUGGUGAAGGCAGGGGCCAAGCAAGUGAAGUGGGUGGCUGGCUAGGGACAGUUGAAGCCCUCGACAAUGAAGUGAGCGAGAUUGUGAGAGUUGGGAGGCAGUUGUUGGAAGAGAAUGGCUUGUGCAGUGGUUUUCCCAACAACAGUUGGACACGUUACAGGCAGUCCAAGGCAGCAGAGGCAAAGGAACGCACUGUAGACAAGGAACUGGGCCGAGGUCGGAUUUUCAAAGAUGUGGACAACAGGCCUGGCGACCUGAAACUCAAGAGUUCUCUUGAGGCUCUUGAGGGCAAGCGGAAGGAGCUGGACAAUGUGUUUGAAGAUGCGAUGGAGAGAAUUAGAAGGGACGAAGCUUGGCACUCGAAGCGAACAAAAGAAGUUGGUGAGUGGUUGAAAAGAGUGGAAAAUCUCAAGGAAGAAGUGGGUGAAAUUCUGGAGGAAGGGACGCAGGAAAUGGGAGGGGGAGACCCUCAAUCUCACAGGAACUGCCCAUCGUGUAAGCGGCUAUCAGAGCGUGCUAAGGAGAAGACAACCGCCUUGGAAGGAGAGCUUGCAAAAUAUCGUGCUUUCAAUACUUACACCUACAAGCCGGAUGAUCCUCCUAUGGUUGAGCAACCUCUUGAGCCGCCGGUGGGUUUAGAUUCUAGCUUUGAGGAGGUGUGGACCUGGGUUCAGGAUGAAAGUGUGAGACGUAUUGGGUUGUAUGGCAUGGGUGGUGUCGGAAAGACUACCCUCCUAAAAAAAAUCCACAAUAAAUUCCUGGGAAUUCAGCAUGAUUAUGAUGUGGUUGCUUGGAUUGUAGUGUCCCAACCAACUAAUCCUGAGAAAAUCCAGGAACACAUUUGGGAGAAACUGCAUCUCCCUGAAUCUCGAUGGAAUGACAUCAUAGAGACGGAAAGACCGGGCCACAUAUUGAAGAUCAUGAAGGAAAAGAAUUUUCUAAUUUUUUUGGAUGAUAUAUGGGAGGAAAUAGAUCUCUCAAAUCUUGGGAUUCCUUCUCGUAAUCAUCAACGCAAAUCCAAGAUCAUAUUCACAACCCGAUUAAAGGAGGUUUGCGGCUCCAUGCAAGCUGAGCGCACGAAGAAGGUUGACUGUUUGCCACCAAAUAAAGCCCUCAACCUAUUCCGAGAGAAGGUGGGUGAACAAACUUGGACUGCCCAUGAUGAAAUCCCAAAUCUUGCUGAAGCUCUGAUUAAGGAGUGCAAGUAUCUGCCGCUUUCUCUUAUUACUAUUGGGGCAGCAAUGGCAAGUCGUAGGGAUCCCGAUGAAUGGAGGAAAGCUAUUGAAAUUUUGAAGAAACUCCCAUCAGACUUUGCAGAUAUAGAAAAGAAGGUGCUCUCUGUGCUAGAACUUAGCUAUAAAUAUUUGCCAAAUGAAACCCACAAAAAAUGUUUCUUGUACUGCUCAAUAUUCCCUGAAGACCAUGUAUAUCGCAUGGAUGAUUUGAUUGAUCUGUGGAUAGGGGAGGGCCUUCUCAAUGAAUGCAAUGGUAUACAUGAAGAACGUGAUCGCGGAAUCGAAAUAGCCAGAUGCCUCAUACGUGUUUGUUUAUUGGAGGAAGUUGAUAUGUCUAUUGAAAAACGUUUUAAAAUGCAUGAUGUAGUUCGAGCUAUGGCCUUGUGGGUGGCAUCUGAACAUGGCAAGAAGAAGAGACCACUUUGUCAGGAGAAACAGAGGUCAUUUGAGCCCACGGAAUUCGUGAAGUGGACUGAUGUAGAAAGGAUAUCCCUCUGGGAGGUGGAUCAAAAGCUGGAAAAGUUGCCUGAUACAUUUGCAACUUUUUCUAGUCUAUCUACUUUGAUAAUACGAGAUACCAAGGUGGAGACAUUUCCAAAUGGAUUCUUUUCUGCCAUGCUAUCGUUGACAGUGUUGGAUGUGUCAUGUAAUAAAUUCUUGAUUGAGUUACCUGGAGAUAUUGGAGUACUAGGAAAUUUGAGGUACCUUGAUUUGCGGCGGACAAUGAUAAGGGAGCUGCCUGCAGAGCUAGAGAAUCUGACAAAGUUGGUGUUUCUGCUUUUACAUCGUUAUUGUCGUGUUCCGGAUCGACUGAUCUCAAGUCUGCUGUCCUUAAGAGUGUUUAGCUGGGAACCAUGGGAAACUACACCGCAUAUAGAUGGGGGAGAAGAGCAAAAAGUGAUUGAGAAGCUGAAUCACUGCUGUAACACGAAGUUAAUUCAAGAUGUUUGCCUGCGAUUAGACUUCACUGUUGCUGUUGAGGAGUUACUUAUGAAAUGCCCCCACUUGCAGAGGUGCUUAAGAGAACUCAGGCUUAGAUGGUGUAAGGGUUGGAUGUCACUUAUAAUCCCGAAGCCAUCGUUGAGGACAAUGGAGCAUCUCAAAUAUCUACAAGUCAGUCGCUGUGAAUUCACUGAGAUAACAAUGGGCAAGGAAGAAUAUGGUUGGCACGGAGAGACUGGGAGAAGUGAUGGAUUAGGAUCUCUUCCUCUACCUUCUUAUCCUGAAAUUAGCCACCUGGAAAGUCAGGACUGCUUCCGUAGACUUGAAAGGAUAAUCAUUGAAGAUUGCGACAAGUUACGAGAAGUGACAGUUUUAAUUUAUCAUGCUCCCUGCCUUACCUACCUCAGAAUUAGUUGUUGUGAAUCAUUGCGGGAACUGAUCGCUGGGGAUGUUGAAGAUUCUCAUGUGGGCAAAAUACUCUCAUCUCUCAUCUACCUUCACCUGGGAGCUCUUCCGAAUUUGGAGAGCAUCUGCAGGAGAGCGCUGUCCCUUCCUUCGCUGGAAUUGUUACAGGUUGUGAAAUGCCAGCAACUGAAGAAGCUCCCCCUAAAGAGCAGCAGCAGUGCACACGCAAGAAGACAGUUCUUCAAAAUUAGAGGACAGUGGGAGUGGUGGGAUGGUUUGCAAUGGGAUGACCCUGAGACGAAGCGCCUGUUCUUUAGGAAUUUUAUUUCUGGGUUUUAGAUUGAGAAUUUGGAAUCUGAUUUCGUAUUCUUUAUCGGACUUAAAAAAUAAUCGAACUUUUUUUGGUGUGCACCCGGUAUUCGGUAAAAAAAAUCGUAAUUUGUCUCUGCACACUCUUCAAAUUUCUUUUUUCCUUUUGUUUAACUUUUGUCAGCCCUCGAUAGCAGUUCACAACGAUCUAAUAAUUGACCCUGCCUUCGAUAAACUUUGACAUCAAAAGCUUCGGAGAAUUGAACGGAGGGGGCGUUUGUUUUGAUGUAAAGUUUAAAUUUUACAUUGUAACGUUCGAACUUUACGUAGUAUUUUACAGCGUUUGUUUGUACAACUUGUAAAAAUGAAUCAUUGUAAUCAUGUGCUCGAGUUAGAACUUUACAGCCCUUGUC